CAUGGCAGAGAUCAAAACCCUAGUAGCGUACAUAAUCGGAUAAUCCACUUGCAUGUCUCAUAAUCGAUUAACUUUGACAAGUCUCACAAUUCACCUCUCCGCCGAAGCCAUGGCCGACGAAGGUUUCGAAAUUGGAGAUUCCUCCAGCACUGGUGUUCACUCAAUCACAGCCGCCUUCUGGGCCUUGGAUGAUUGCCCAAUCCCUAAAGAUGACAAUCUUCAUUCGGUGAUAUGUAAAAUCCAAACCUCUCUUGAGGUCAAUAUGGGUUAUGUUUCUCGAUUGGCGGAAUUCUUUGCUUUUGGUGAGACGAAGGAGAUCGCCGAAUUUGAGGAUGGCAGACGACUCCUCUACGUAUCCGAGGCGGAUAAAGACAUUCGAGCUAACUUAAUGAUAUUUCACAUUCUUAACGAGUCAUGGAGUGAACCAAUAAAUUUGGUUGUAAUCUCAAAAGACUUUUCAGAUAACACUGAGCUCGUCAGGGUUCUCCGCGCUUUGCAAUCAAGAGGUCACAAUGUUCUCUUGGUACAGCCUCACGAUGAGGCCACAUCACAAGAGCUUUUUCGUACUCCGGACUCAGUAUCUGCUUGUAGCAAACUGAUGGACCAAAGUGGAAUCUCACCCAACGUCUCUGUGGACUACAAAGAUUUCUCCAAGAAUAUCCUCCGCCGCCCUACGCCUAUCACUGGCGUCUUCUGGGACGUUGAUGAGUCACCAUUCCCUGAUGGCCUUGAUCCUCCAUCUAUCCAUGAGAAAUUAGUAUCAGCUCUUGAGAGGAAAGGUUAUAUUAAUGACGUGACAAUUUGGGCUUACACUGAGAAGAUAACGUUCUCGCCUGACUUACUGAAUGAGUAUCGGAAGUGCAACAUCUACUUCCUUGUCGGAGGGGAUAAGAAUGCGAGAGUCAAUAGGAUGAUCCAUGACAUGCAUUUAUGGGCAAUGGACACUCCAAAUAUAUUUCCUGCACCAUCAAAUGCAAUCGUCAUCUCAAACAACAUCCAAACAGACGGAAUAACCACCAUAUACUUCGUCCCAAGAGUCAUUGACUUCCUCUUUACUCUUGAUUGUUUCAGUUGCAGAGGUUACAAUUCUUUUUUAGUCGAGCCUAAAGAUCAGCUUGUACCAAAAAAGUCUCUCGACUCAGAUUGGCCAGGAUGCCUACUAGAUACAGGUAACGUUAUUGGCACAUUCAAACUUGCGCCCAGUUUGAGGAAGCGGUGGAAGAAAAAAACAAAGCCGGCCAAGGAUAAAACCAUGGAAAAGGAAGAAGAUCCUAUCAACGUCGAAACCAUGGACAAGGAAGAUUUCAUGAACGUCGACAAGAAAGAUUUCUCCAAGAAAGAUUUCUCACACGCUUACACAAGCGUCUUCUGGGACGUGGACGAUUACCCAAUCCCUGAAGAUGUCGAGCCUAGAUGUAUUUCUCGCAGCAUUAUAUUAGCUUUAGAGGAAAUGGGUUAUUAUGGUUGCCAUAGGGAAAUCAAUGCUUAUAGUGAGAAAGAGAUCUCCGAAGACUUAGCCGGUGAAUUGAUCAAUGAGGCAUCUAUCAAUUACAAUCCCGGAGGUUCUGGUUAUCCCAUGAUAUGCAACAUGAUUCUCCUAGUAGCGGCCCAUGCUCCUAAGCCACAAAAUGUGAUGGUAAUCUCAAAAAAGUUCCUUCAAGACGAGGAGUCCCUCAGGGUUCUUUGUGUGUUGAAAUCUAGAGGUUGCAAUGUUCUCGUGGUACAGCCUCAUAAUGAAGCCGCUUCAGGAAAGCUAUUUCAUACUCCAGAUUUAAUAUUCGAUUCUACUAGAUUUUUAAAUGGAGACAAUCCUAUGGAUCAAAUUGAUGCUAAUGGAGGAAAUCCUAUGGACCAAAUUGUUGACGAUACUUCUUCUUCUACCAGUUGGGAAACUGAUUCUAAUCCUUAUACUGAUGUUGAAACUGAUCCUGAUCCUGAUGUUGAAACUGAUGCUGAUCAUGAUGCUGAUCUUGAUGCUGAUCCUGCUGCUGAUCCUGAUGUUGAAACUGAUGAUGAUCCUGAUGCUGACCUUGUUUAUGGUGGUUGUAAGACUGGCGUGUUCUGGGACUUCGAUGAUUCACCGUUCCCUAUCGGUCUUGAUCCUCCAUCGAUCUAUCAGAAUUUCAAAUCAGCUCUUGAGGCGAGACGUUAUUAUGGUGAAAUGUCAAUAUGGGCUUAUGCUGAGGAGAUACCGUUCCCAAAUGAUUUAGUGGAUGAGUAUCGGAAAGCCAGAAUUUACUUCAUUACCGGAGGGGAUAAGAAUACAAGAUUUAAUAGGAUGAUUCAUGACAUUCUUUUAUGGGAACUGGCAACACCUUGGCAGAUUUGUUGGGAAUCAAAUGUGAUUGUCAUCUCCAAGAACAUUACAGUUGACUAUGACUUCAUCAGAUGUCUUAGUAACUCGGAGGCGCGUGGUUACAACGCUCUCUUUGUAGAGCCUAAUGACCGCGAUAAUCCUGAAACUUCAGAAUGGCCAGGAUACCUACUAGAUGGAGCAAAGUCUAUAUUCGAUAGUAGUUACCAUUGAAGGGGGAAGAAGAAACACAAGGCAGUAGAAGAGCAGUAGUACCAGUGCAUACUCCCCUUUUUGCUACUCCUAUGAGUCACAGAGAUCAUCAUGACCGUUGUAAUAACAUUACUGAUUACUGUGUCACGGAUGCCAUAUCGGCUAGCUAGUACAUACGACUUAAUUAGUUAUACUAGGUAAACCUAUCAAAAAGCUAGUACAUACGACAUAAGAAGAAGUUCUUCGACUUUUUUUUUAUUCAGGAUCUCCUCCAAAUCAUCUUAGCACUCCAAUAUAUGAACACAUCGAUGGUCGCCAAAUCAUUUCAUGCAUGUCACCAUGUGUCUUUGAUAAGAAUAGACUCAUCUAUGUACUUGUUGCUUCGCUUCUAAGAUUCAUAUUCAUUACUAUACAAGAUUGUUUCCUUAAAAUCUUUAAUAAUUAAUACAAAAACACACAGUUUCAAAAAAAUUUGCUGAAAAGUAUGUUAAACUUAUGUAUUACAUAUGUUUGUGUCUGGAUUACUUUGGUUCAAGAGCCUUUUGGAAUACAUGAAUUAUGAUUUGUUUAUCUUUUCCCCUUGGUGUAGUAGAUUCUGAUUUCCUUUUGUGUAACACAUGAAUUAUGAUUUACUUUGGUUCAAUUCUUUGUAAGUCUCAGCUUUGGCUAUAAUCUGACACAGACAAAACUUCUUCAAGCUCUGUUUCAUGACAGAUCCAAAUCCUUUUUUUUUCUUUUUUUCUGCUUGUUGUUCUCUCUAUAAGUGUUUCUUUUUCCCAAAAAAAAAAGGUCUAAUGUGGAGAAAAGGAGAUUAGAGAAUAAAAAAAAAAAAAAAAAAAA